UCGCCUCCAGCGCGCACCUGCCUCCGGAGCUCAGGGAAAGCCAUGGAGACUUCAGGAUCACUUCAAGACCACAGUCAAGUUCAUGGAGAAUCAGAAAAUCUAGACUCUGGAGAGACGGAUUUCCACAAGCAAGACCGGGAGGCCAGACUCGUUUCUCAAGGACAAGAUGAGAGAGACAAGUCUUCCUCCUCUUCAUCCUCCUCCUCCUCGUCCUCCUCGUCCUCCUCGUCCUCUUCCUCAGAGAACAGUGAUGAGGACCCGCACCCCCGAGUAAGCAGAGAACGUCGGCACAGCCAGGGGGCUGGACUCCCCCGCAGGGGCGGCUCACCCGGUGCUGAGCAUGGGGAGCCUGACGUUUUGAAGGAUGAGCUUCAAAUCUAUGAAGGUGUGCCCGGGGAGGUGGUGCCUUCAGGAGAAUCAGGACUCCGAAGGAGAGGCUCUACCCUGAUGAGUGGUAAAUAUGCAGGAGAAGUGGAGGCCUCUCAGCUAAGAAGACUGAAUAUAAAAAAGGACGAUGAGUUUUUCCAUUUCAUCCUCCUCUGCUUUGCCAUUGGGGCCUUGCUGGUGUGUUAUCACUAUUACACAGACUGGUUCAUGUCCCUUGGGGUCGGCCUGCUCACCUUUGCCUCCCUGGAGACUGUUGGCAUCUACUUCGGCCUGGUGUACCGAAUACACAGCGUCCUGCACGGCUUCAUCCCCUUCUUCCAGAAGUUUCGGCUGAUAGGCGUCAGGAAGACUGACUGAGGCCAGUGCCCGGUGGGCGGCCAGGCCAGGCCCCGGUGUGACCACCACCGCAUCCUCUCCACCCAUGAGGACAGAGCGGCGUCCUGGGAGACACGCGGGCGGGCCAUGCUAGAG